AUGCAACAAUUGCAAGACCAUUCACCCGAAGUUCAACAUGCAAUGUCCUAUGGUGUGCCUGUGGGACGUAUGGAUAGAAAGAUGUUCUCUGAUGCCAUCAUUGCUGAUGUUAACAGGUUUUUUACACGCUCUGAUAUUCAUGUGCAAGCUACGCCAAAUAAAUUGAUGUCCGUAAAGCAUCUAGCCUUCAAGGAUGCAGUUGGUGAUACAGAUAAAAUAAGCAGAGGGACUGUCUGCAAAAUUGGUUCAGCAGAUGAAGAUUGGAUUAUGGAGAUUUCUGACAUCUUCCAAGUUGGACCAGUUGAUGGUAAAUAUUUUAUUUUUGUGAAUGGCAAGUAUUUCAUCCCAACCCUAAACAACAGAAAUGUUAUCUACAACCCUUGGACACAGAAACCACAACUUAUUGGAAGGAACUAG